UCCGCGCUUUAAGGUCUUAUUUAUACAUAAAUACUUACAUAUAUGAGGUAUUUACAUACAUAUUGCUUUAGCUCUUGUCGGAGGUCUUACCAACGCGCUAUCGAUUACUUCAUAACUACCGAGUGUACAAACAAGUAUUGAGUAAUAUAGGGCAAUUGUUAGUGCGUGUGCGCAAAUCACUUAAGUACACAGCUGGUACUUUCACUAUCAAUGACCGGCGUCUUUAUCGCACAUGCAGUGCACUUAGAAGGGAGUUCUGCGCAGCUUCAUUUCACCAGUGACAGUGGUUUACCGCGCAAUUCAUAUCGAUCAAAUCGCUACGAAGACAACGCGGCUUACCAGUGCAAUAUGUCGACCAUUUUCGUUGUGUUACUCUGUGUAUCCUUUGCCAUCAUCCCAGCUCCAUUGUGGGCUGCGUCGCGCCAUCCAUUGCAUUCUUUGCGUUCACUUCACUGGCGCCCAUCGAAGACGCCCUGUUCCGACUAUGAGAUGCUGAUUAUCAACACGCGUUACUGCGUUUCUCGCUGUCCGAUCCGUUGCUCAAAUGGUAAGUGUUUUGAGGAUGGCGUUUGCCCGUGCGCCGACAACUAUCAAACGUCGUUCGAAAAGGAGGAGCUCGUAUGCGCCACCGAAUGUCUGCCCGGAUGUCAUACUGCUGGAGGUUUCUGUGCAGCGCCCGAUUUGUGUCUCUGUAGUCAAGAGGGGUAUUAUUUCGAUGCGGUGGCACGGCGUUGUCGAAAAUACCAUAGCUUGAGUGAUCGUUGUUUCGGGCGUUGCUUGUAUGGAAAGUGUAACGCGAAUGGAGAGUGUAUUUGCGCACAAGGAUAUACCUCUCAAGAGACUCUGUUCGGCCAAAUGUGUGCCCCCGUGUGCAAACAAAACUGUGGUAAAUAUGGCUUUUGCUUUUUACCGAAUAUGUGCGCUUGUCGAAAGAAAGACUAUCACUACGAAUAUGAUGGUGAAUGCCAUGCGGACUACAUACAUCUGGAGCAAUAAUGCGAGUAUUAAUUAAAUAAUAUUUUAUUUUCUCUAAUUUAGUGUACUUUAGAUUAAAAGUUAUGUUUGUGUUUGAGUAUAAAUA